AUGGACACUAGCGGCUUGUAUGACGGCUUAGAGCUGCCCAAGCAGACAAAACGGGAGAGAGAAGAAGAGACGAAGCAGAAGAAGAAUGCUGACCUUUCUACGAUGAAAAAUAUACCCGUGAAGCGACAAAAAAGACCACUGGAUUUGGCAGCGAUGAUGGCGAAACUUGAGGGAUAUAUGUUGGUCGAUACGAAAUUUGCUAAAGCUAGUGCGUUGUUUUGUCAGUUGGUGUCGGAUCAAUUGACACCGAGGACGAGUGAGCUCUUUCUAAAGACUUUGACAAAGGUGAUUAACGAAAAAGGAGAGACCUUAAGCGGUAAAAAAGAAUUUCAAACGCUUAUUGAAAAUCUGGAUGCAAAGCGUGACACGCUUUUAAGUACUAGUGACGAAGAACGGAAGGAACGAAAGCAGAGGCUGGAGACAUGGACAUUUUUGGCCAUUACGCACGCACAACUUUUUACGGAUGAAACGUAUCAGUUUAACAAAGCUGCAAAAGCUGUCAAGCUUCGUUUCGAAGCAAUAGUGUGCAAGAUUGACGAUCAGAAGGAAGAGGAGCGAGCACGACGGCUGCAUACCGAGUUGAUGCCUCUACUGCGCACACUUUACAGCAAACUGGGUGCCGCGUGGGCUACUACAAUAGUUGAAGGCGUGCUAGCAUUAGCAACACGUUAUCGUCUGCUAUUUAGUAAAUUGGAUCGCAUAGAAGUCGAUUCAUGGACGAAAGGCAUGCAGGAACGUCGAAAUGCUCCUGCGGUACUUCGAUCCGCCGGUUCAGACGCUCGACGUAAUAUUGUCACCACCAGUAAAUCCAACACGUCAGAAGCUGGUGCCAAGAUUCCAGGCAGAUACAACCACCCGCUUUUCAACAAAGAGAUCUAG